AUGCCUGCCACUACCGCCGAAACCCUCUCCCUCGUUACAAGGAAUGUUUCUGUAGCACCUCUCGUCCUCCUCUCCGUGGCAGAUCAUUAUGGCCGCUCAGCGAAGGGCACGCGCAAACGAGUAGUUGGGGUUCUGUUAGGACAGAACGAUGGAAAGAACGUCCGGGUAUCAAACAGCUUUGCUGUGCCUUUCGAAGAAGAGGAGAAGGAUCCAUCAGUGUGGUUCCUUGAUCACAACUACGUCGAGUCAAUGAACGAUAUGUUCAAGAAGAUCAACGCACGAGAAAAGCUGAUAGGGUGGUAUCAUUCUGGGCCUAAGUUGAGAGCUUCGGAUUUGGAAAUCAACGAAUUAUUCAAGAGAUAUACCCCGAACCCAUUACUCGUAAUCAUCGAUGUUCAACCGAAGGAGGCUGGGGUGCCAACGGAUGCGUACUUCGCAGUAGAGGAGAUAAAAGAUGACGGAACCACCACAUCCAAGACUUUCGUACAUACACCUUCAAUCAUUGAAGCUGAGGAGGCAGAGGAGAUUGGUGUUGAGCAUCUGCUGAGAGAUAUCCGAGACGUGGCUGUUGGAACUCUGUCUACACGUGUCACAUCACAACUACAAUCCUUGCAAGGGCUGCAUCUACGAUUACGGGACAUUGGGCAAUAUCUCCAAAAGGUCCUGGAUGGAACCCUGCCUGUCAACCAUGCCAUCUUGGGCAACCUGCAAGAUGUCUUCAACCUUCUCCCUAACCUAUCCACCCCGAAACCCGCAUCACAUAUCUCCAACGGCGUCGACGCGCCGGUUAGCAAUAACAGCGAGCUGGCACAUGCCAUGAGCAUCAAGACCAACGAUCAAUUGAUGGCCAUCUACCUGAGCAGUCUGAUCCGAGCAAUUACUGCCUUCCACGACCUGAUCGAGAACAAGAUACAAAAUCGACAACAGCAAGAGGAGAAAGAAGCCAAAAAGGACGAGCCGAAGGAUGAGAAAGACAAGAAGACCGCAGUUGUAAAUGGCGUUAAUGGGGAGGCAAAGGAGAGCAAGGACGCGGAAAAGGAAAAGGAGAAGGAGGAUAAGGAUAAAAAGAAGUAA